CUUUGCUCGAAAUAUAUAUGGAGAGAGAGGAACUGCAACCUCGAUCACCUCCCUUGCCUUUGCCACCACCCUUUGCAUACAGAUCAACCUAAACACACGAUCUAUCACGCUAUCACACACCACCUCGCACACAUCACAAACAACAUGGGUGACAACACCACCACCACCCCCGCUAACGUCUCGGCUCAAUCCGAUGGCCAAUCCCCCUGCCCGGCCAACCGAAGCAACUUCCCCCAGUACGAGUCCGAUCGACACGCCAAGUCCACCGAGUGCACGUAUGCCACUUCGAACGGCGUGCCCAUGCCUCAUCCUUACGAGGCGCAGAGGAUCGGCAACGGGCCUCUGUUGCUUCAGGACUUUCACUUGAUCGACCUGAUCAGUCAUUUCGAUCGAGAAAGGAUCCCCGAGCGGGUCGUCCACGCCAAGGGUGCCGGUGCCCACGGAAUCUUUGAAUGCACCGACGACCUCUCCGACCUCUGUCUCGCCGACAUGUUCAAAAAGGGCCGCAAGACUCCCUUGACUACCCGAUUCUCGACUGUCGGUGGAGAGUCCGGUUCGGCGGACGCCGCCCGUGAUCCCAGAGGUUUCAGCGUCAAGUUCAAGACGAACGAGGGUAACUGGGAUUUCGUGGCCAACAACACGCCGGUGUUCUUCUUGAGGGAUCCUGCCAAGUUCCCUCACUUUAUCCACACUCAGAAGCGUGACCCCGCCACCCACUUGACCGGAGCCGACGACAGCACCAACUUCUGGGACUACCUUUCCAACAACCCCGAGUCGAUCCAUCAGGUCAUGAUCCUCUUCGGCGACCGAGGUAUCCCGGACGGUUACCGUCACAUGCACGGUUACUACGGCCACACCCUCAAGCUCGUCAACAAGGCCGGCGAAUGGAUCUACGCCCAGUUCCACCUGAUCUCUGACCAGGGUACCAAGACCCUUACCGCGGAAAAGGCCGCGACCUUGUCCCCGGACUAUUCGACCAAGGACCUGUACGAAGCCAUCGCCAGGAAGGAAUACCCCAGCUGGACGAUGAAGGUCCAGACGAUGAACGAGGAACAGGCGCAAAAGCUCUUCAAGGAGAAGGGCGUCAACGUGCUCGACUUGACGCAUACGUGGUCGCAAAAGGACUUCCCGUUGAGGACUGUCGGAAAGAUGACGCUCAACGAGAACCCCGAGAACUACUUUGCUGAGGUCGAGCAGGCUGCUUACAACCCGGCUCAUAUGGUCCCCGGUAUCGAGCCUUCGGCUGACCCCGUCUUGCAGUCGCGUCUCUUUUCUUACCCGGACGCCCACCGACACCGAAUUGGCGCCAACUACCAGCAGUUGCCCGUCAAUGCACCCGUCUGCCCGAUGAGGUGGGGUAACUUCCAGCGUGAUGGUCAGAUGGCCUUCUACAACCAGGGAGCCCGACCCAACUACCUCUCGUCGAUCGACCCGAUCCAGUUCAAGCCUCGAUCGGUCCGUCUCGACCAGGUUCACAACAACUUUGUCGGGGAUGCCGUCACGUUCUUGACCGAGAUCAGGGAGGAGGACUUCAACCAGCCCCGAGACUUGUGGCAACGAGUCUUUGACGACGGCGCCAAGGAGCGAUUCAUCAACAACAUCUCCACGCACAUGUCCACCUGCAGGGAACAACAGAUUCUCGAGCGUCAGCUAUCGAUCUUUGCCAUGGUCGACAAGAACCUCGCCGACGCCAUCGCUGGCAAGCUGAACAUCAAGUCUUACCCUGAUGCAAGGGAGGUCACUUUCAACGGGUCUCACUCUGCCUUGAGCAAGGAGAAGAAGCCUGCCAACGGGAUGGACUACGAGUUGAAGGGCGGCAAUAUGAACGCUGGACCCGCCGCUCCUGAGAGGGACUCGAAGCUCUAGACAGCGUGAACGCCCUCGAUCGCUGUGAAAGCGCACUGUAGCCUAUCUAAUCGUCUUUACUUCUGAAUAUCAUUAUAUGUCGUUAUCGUGU